CGGCCAGCUGCUCUAAGCCUCGCUGUCGCCCACCGCGCUCCCCCACCCCAGACUAGACCCGCGGCGCCGGCGGAAGAGCGGUAGCUCCGCGCCGCCUCCUGGUCGCUGCCGGCACAGCUCGUUGGCUCCUCCUCGGCCUAUUCCGCAGUGGGCAGCGGCGACAUGUGGAGGCUGGGGGCGGCCGGCGCGGUUAAUGCCGCGCAGCGGCUGGCGGCGGUGCCGCCGCGGCGGCAGAGCGGAGCCCCUGGGUGCGCCUUGCUGGCGGGGACUGCCACUUCCGGCCGCGGGUGGACGCAAUUACAAUAUGCUUCAGAGGUGAAGAGCAAGACUGUUCAGUUCAUGAAUUUAAGAAGUGCGGGAACUCUGAAUAACACAGGGUCUUUAGAUGAGACCACUUACGAAAAACUGGCUGAAGAGACACUGGACUCCUUAGCAGAUUUCUUUGAAGACCUGACAGAUAAGCCUUUUACCCCAGAAGAUUAUGAUGUCUCUUUAGGGAGUGGAGUUCUAACAGUGAAAUUAGGUGGAGACAUGGGAACAUACGUAAUCAAUAAGCAAACACCAAACCGUCAGAUUUGGCUGUCCUCACCCACUAGUGGGCCCAAGCGCUAUGACUGGACUGGACGAAAUUGGGUGUAUUCACAUGACAGAGUAUCACUUCAUGAACUGCUAUCAAAAGAACUUUCAACGGCAUUAAAAACUAAGUUGGAUUUGUCCUGCUUGAUAUAUUCUGGGAAGGAAGAUACUUGAUGAUAUUUUAUCUCAUGGAAUUUAAAAACUUUAACCACAAGCCAAGCCCUUCCUUGUUUUCUGAGGUACCUGAGCUUAAUUCUGUUGUUUUUUUCUUGACAUCACGAUGA